AUGUUCUUCUCUCGAUUGGCAAAAGCCGGUGCGAUCGCGGGCGCAUCGGUUGCCACCAUUCACCUACUCGACAUUGCUAACGAGAAACGCUUCAAGCGACAAAUGAAACAGUACUUCCGCACUGCACAUGCAGAUAAACUCGCCAACUUGAAUAAGCGAUCUUCAAACCCGCUGCCAUCCAGAAAAGAGCUAGUCGAAUCGCUGAAGACAAGUGAAGAAUUUGACGUAUUAGUUAUCGGAGGUGGUGCUACUGGAGCUGGAAUAGCUUUAGACGCUCAAACCAGAGGGUUGAAAACAGCGUUGGUGGAAUUGGAUGACUUUUCUUCGGGAACAUCGUCAAAAAGUACAAAAUUAAUUCAUGGAGGUGUUAGAUAUUUACAAACAGCAAUCUUAAAAGCUGAUAGCGAACAAUUUCGCAUGGUACAGGAAGCACUCUUUGAACGUGCUAAUCUACUCGAAAUUGCGCCACACUUAAGCGGGCCUUUACCGAUUAUGCUUCCGAUAUACAAAUUGUGGCAGGUACCAUACUACUGGUUUGGUAUUAAAGCUUAUGAUGUUAUUUCUGGACGACGCGUCCUACGGAACUCGUUCUUCGUUAGUAAGUCGAAAGCAUUGGAAAGAUUUCCUAUGCUGAGAAGUGAGUCGUUGAAAGGUGCGCUCAUCUAUUAUGAUGGGACGAUGAAUGAUGCUAGGAUGAAUCUGGCGAUAGUGUUGACUGCGAUCAGAAAUGGUGCUAAGUGUGUUAAUCAUGUGAAAGUAGAACGCCUGCUGAAGAACGAGAGUGGUAAAAUCGCUGGGGUCCACGUAAAAGACAUGGUAUCAGGCAAUGAAUGGGACAUAAAAGCGAAGGCGGUUGUUAAUGCUACUGGUCCGUCAACGGAUACAAUACGUUUAAUGGCUGAUCCAAAUACGACGCCGAUAUGUGCGCCAAGUUCUGGAGUGCAUAUUGUCCUGCCUGGAUAUUAUUGCCCUACAAAGACAGGCCUUCUUGAUCCGGACACCUCGGAUGGUCGUGUGCUUUUUUUACUCCCGUGGGAGCGAAUGACGAUUGCUGGAACCACCGAUGCGCCCUCAGAGGUCACACUCUCACCUACACCAAAAAAUUCAGAUGUCGACUUUAUUCUUCAGGAACUUAGAAUGUACCUAUCGAGAAGUGUUCCUGUCCGUCGUGGUGACGUAAGCAGUGCAUGGUCAGGACUGCGUCCACUCGUACGCGAUCCGAGUAAGAAGGAUACGAAAAGUCUAGCUAGGAAUCAUGUGAUUGAGGUCUCACAAUCAGGUUUGGUUACCAUCGCAGGUGGAAAAUGGACCACUUACCGUCAUAUGGCUGAGGAAGCUGUGGAUGCAUGUAUAAGGGCGCAUCACCUAAGACCAACAAAUGGUUGCGUCACAGCCGGGUUAUUUUUGGAAGGUGGUCAUGAAUACGAUCCGUUAAUGUACAUACGACUUGUACAAGAUUACGGUCUUGAUGUUGAUGUGGCUGAGCACUUGGCACAAACCUACGGUGAUCGAGCUCAGGCUGUAACACGACUUUGUAAAAUGACUGGCAAACGUUGGCCAGUCAUAGGGAACCGCCUCCAUCAGGAAUUUCCUUAUUUAGAUGUUGAGGUACGUUAUGCCGUUCGUGAGUACGCAUGUACAGCAGUGGAUGUGAUUGCAAGACGUAUGAGAUUGGCGUUUCUUAGCACAUAUGCGGCUCAUGAAGUUCUUCCAGAGGUUGUCCGUAUAAUGGGUGAAGAACUCGGGUGGUCUGAAACAGAACAGAAGGCCCAACUUGAACGUGCACGUCGGUUUAUCGACCUGGAAAUGGGUCAGCUUGCCUUACAGAAUACUGCCGUCAUUGUACCACCAAACAGUGCAAGGAAAGAAACAAUAAGCCAGACAUCUCCAAAAGAAAAUACCAAAUAA